GUACUGUUAUACUUUGCAAUACGAAUUGGUAGCUUUUGUCGGCGUCGUGUCGACAAAUGUGUCACAACAACGUUUGCCUGCUCGUUAACCUAACAACUAGAGAUGCAUACAUUUGAUUACCUAUCAAACUGUAUUUCAAAUUUCCUCUGUCAAUAUCAGUAAUUCGAUUGUUAAUCCGUAUUAGUUAUUCUUUUAAAAAAAUGAAACAUAUCCAAAUAGAUGUCUCAUAUCGUUGAUAUUGAUCCCAUCAUUUCUCUAUAUAAUGAGAACAUCAUAGGUUUACUUCAAGUAUUUUUUUAUUUUAUUUUCCAAAAAAGUGAUAGAUAAGAAAAGUCAUUGGGUCUGACCAACUUCAGUCAGUUACUUGUCAUUCGACAUUCCAGUGCCUCAAACACAAAUCGAGGAUCCUGAUCUGCAUCAAUGUGGAUGGCAUCUGGGAAUGCGGACUGAAGUGCGGCGCUGUGUGUCCUGUACAUACUCAAUAACUCUCUGAUAACACGAGUGUGUUCCUGGGGUUUGAUCUCGAGGUUGAUUUGGGGUUGAGACAUUGAAGUAGAAGAUGUUGGCAGUUGCCCAGGUGGGGUCAGAAGAAAUUCUGUGUUUGGAGUGGUUGAUUCUGGCGCAGGUGUAAUGUUGAUAGUGCUGUCGCUUGGUGUGGAGUCAGUGGGUGUGACAAAAAGGAGCGUGGUAGGGGUGCGUAAUGUCUCAGUUGCAGGAGUAGAGGCUGGUGGUGUCGGUGUUGCCGUGGUACCGAAGUGAAUCCUCUCUCCAGUCACUGGGUCUGUAAGUUUAAGACUUGUCCUCUCCAGGCAGACUUCAUCCAUGAGAUCCAAGAAGAAGACCAGGUUUGGUCUGUGCUGAGUGCUCUGCAGCAUGGUCAGCUGUUCUGUGUCUCUUGGAAAACCGUGCAGGACCCACCCUCUGGAGCUGCAGUCUGGUUGGUUCAGACGUUCAUUUAUCACCUGAAGAACAAGUUCGUCUGGAACUGGCCGCCCUUGCUCCACGUGUGGUCUUAUAUCCAGGGCAAAAUGUGUAGCGCCGGUAGCCACUAACCUUAACAUCCGACCUGAGCUUACAUCCACCAUCUUGUACUUUUCUGCCAACAUUUGGGCUUGGUGACUUUUUCCUGCCCCAGGUGGACCCAACAAGAGAAUUCGCGGAGUUCUGUAGCAUCUAUGAGUUUGAACAAAGGCAAGUACUUGCUGGUACACAUCCAGUGGUGGCUGGUCGGCGUUGAUCGCCCUCAGGGCGUGCUGGAAAGCAGCACUGAGACCAGUGAUUUCACAACGGAAACACUGGAUCUCAGACAAAAGCUGCGUCUCUGAUGAGUGUGGCAUUCUCUCCAGGCGCUGAGCCACUGUGUCAUCUGGUGGGUGCACGAAAGUCUGGUGGUAGACCUCCCCCGUGAGUCGAUCUAUCAGCCUUCCUCGGCUUCUUUCCAGCAACACGUCGUUGGGAGCGUCCAGCAUAAUGACAUGGUCAGGCAGGACACCAGCUUGCUGAAGGUUUCGAGCCUGCAGAUAUGUCUGAGGGAUUCCGGCUAAUAUCCACCCCUUGCUGAUGCAGUCUUCCUGAUUCAGCCUGUGUUGGAUGAUUCCUACCUGUUCCAUCAGUGUGAGGUUCCGUAGCCCAUGGCUUGGCUCUCGCAGGUCGUCAAGCAAGCUUUCUGGUGUCACAUGGACUGCGCCUAACUCGACACUCAGCUUCCGGGCCACGGUGUAUUUCCCUACCGCAGGAGGACCCAGUAGCAUCACCCUGGCGGCAUUCACACGCUUCUUCUUUAGAUGAGACACCAGAAAGGAGAUGGGAUCGUCUGGCUGUACCACUAGCAGGCUGGUCACCAUGUCCUGGACCACUCCACGGAUGUUAUGUUUGUCAGCAUAAGCUGAAAUUUGACGGACGGUCUCUUCCAUAUGGUUGCUGCUUUCCAGUCGAUGAUGUUAACAUUUGUCAGCACACAGCAUUUUACAUGCAUGGUGCCAUCUAGUGUACAGUUGCCCGACUGUACAUGUCUAGUCUUUGCCUUUACUGUCUCCUGAUGUCACCUAAAUACAUUCUUUUAGGCCUGGCAUGAUGAUGUCACCAAGGACAGCUAAAUCUUUUAUCAUUUAAAAACAUGUUUUUAAGACGAUCUCUGACUGAUCUUAGUGCGGCUUGUCAACAAAGAACAGUGACAGUACAAUAUGCUACCCAUCCACUCGUGAGCAGCAAACGUAGUGACAGAAAUAGAGGCUGUCCUUGUUCUUCAUUUGGAACGGUCCUUUUGUGUCCAAGCGUCAGCCUGAGGAUGUGAAAGAGGUGAUGGUAUGGAAGAGGUUCUCUGAGCUCAAGAAACUGCAUGGAGAGUUGGCUUUCACUCACAGGAACCUCUUCAGACGACAGGAGGAGUUCCCUCCUUUUCCCCGCUCUCAAGUCUUUGGCAGGUUUGAUGAAGGUGUGAUUGAAGAGAGGAGGAAAGCAGCAGAAGCCAUGUUGCGGUUCACCACCAACAUCCCUGCGCUCUACAACAGUCCUCAACUCAAGGACUUCUUCAUGGGUGGUGAGAUGACUCGGCCUCUAGAUCCAUCCCUAGAUUCCACUUCUGAUCCUCUCCCACCUCCACUGAUUCCGCUCCCUAAGCGGAGGGCCUCAGACUGUGAGCCUGCAGAAGAGGAGGAGGGUAGGGAGGCGCCCCCGUUACCUCAGGACCUAGGCACCAACCUCACGCUGGAGAUUGGGGAACUGGAAGUGGCAGUGGAGGCUGUUAAUGAGACGGCAGUUUCCCCAGGAGGAGGAGAUGAGAUCGGUGACCUUGAGUUGGAGGAGCCAGCUCCUUCCUCCAGCCCAGUCAGAAACCUGAGAUCAGUAGAGUCUCAAGACGAGUUUGACUCGUUGUUUGAUUCUCCGGAAGAGCAAGACACAGCUGCUCCUCCGCUCAGUGACGUUGACCUGGCAGCGUUUGACCCCUGCUUUGAACCUGGAAAAACGACGACCUGUGGCGACCACUCUGAGCUCUUCUCUUUGGCUUCAUCCAGUCCAGAGACAGAUGCGGGAUAUUUGAUCCAGGCUGCAAACGAGCUGACAGUUGCCAUGGAGAGAGAGAAGGACGGAGAGUUCACUGCUGCCAUCCGAGGCUACAGGGUGGCUGUAGACCUCCUCAUCACAGGAGUCCAGGGUGAUCCAAACCCGCUUCGCAAGGAGUCUGUGAUGAGAAAAACCGCUCAAUACCUGAAACACGCCGAGAUGUUGGUGGAAGCGCACGCCUCACCUGCACACACCCAGGAAACUCCGAAACAGGAUUAGGACCCUGAAAUGCUCUCUUAUGUUUCACUAUACAAACAAGCACUGGUAUGACUGCACUAGAUGCCAUGCUCUCCCUACUACAGCUGAAACACAUACUGUGUGAACACUCCCUCCUUUCAUGCUUUAUUAUCUUGUAGUGUUUAUAAUCUACAACUGUCCUUUUGAAAUGAUGGAUGUUUUACUUGACGGUGUCUUGAUAAUUUGUACAUAUUUGCACAGAUUUUGGUAAUAAAUGCCUUAA